AUUGUAUGGCCUGAGAAACCGGAAGCGGAAUGUAUUCAUGUGACACGGACCGGACGGUGGCCUCUGGAGUCACAUUGAAGACUCCGGUCACACUAAAACCAGUCAAAAACAGGGCCUGAAACAAAGCCAGUCUUUCCUGAUGGUUCACAGGGACGAUCAUUAACAAUGUUUGUUUCUAAAGUCGUCCCUCGUCUGGGUUUACUCCGGCGAGUAACUUGUGCUUUUCAAGCUCGUGGAGAAAUUUUGAAUGGUCAUCUGCAACCAGUCAUUCCUGCUUACUGCUCUUUACUGCUGCCAGCACUGAAGCAAUACUCCACAGCAGCAGACAACACAGCCCCUCCACGAUGGGUCCAGCUGGAGCCAGAACUGGAGGAUGCUCUCGUGCCGCGGAAACUGUCGGUGAGCCCCCUGGAGAGCUGGCUCUCGCUACGAUACUCCCUCCCUCCCCUGCCGGAGGUCGCUCUGCCCCAGGAGGAUGUGGAGCUGCUGGAAGAGAAGGUGCUGCCGCCCGCUGCUGCCCCCGUUAUGGAGGACGGGGAGGGCUCGGCAACACCUGUUAGAUGUAAAAAUGUUCUGCAGAUUCGCAGACGGAAGAUGAAUCGACACAAAUACAAGAAGCUACAAAAACGGACUAAAUUCUUGAGGAGGCGAGUGAUGGAGGGAAGGGGGAAGAAGAAGCAGAAACGAUUUGAGGAGGACCUGGAGAGGAUUUGGAUGCGAGCUGGACUGAAGAAGGCUCCAGAGGGAUGGACGACGCCGAAGAUCUUCAUCAAGCAACACGGAAACAAAAGGAACUGAGACACGCUGACAGUGAACCAUCUCGCUGUCAGAUGGAUCACACUGGACGGUUCUCACAGACAAAACGCCUCUUCUGUCAUGUUUUCUCUCACUUCAAGUCAGUUCAUUCACCAAGCGUUUGUAACAUCUAAUAAACAAAAUC